ACUGCAGUCAGCGGCCUCGCUCAAGGCCUUCAUGAUGACGACCAGCACGCAGAGCGACAGGAACCUGUGAGUCCUGAUUGAAUGAUGGUGGACACAGCUGUGCGGCUAGCAAGGGAGCUAGCUAGCUAACUCUGAUGGCUACUAUGCAUUCCGUGGUCAUGUUAAACAGAAACAUUACAACAACGCUUCACUGUAAUGUCAUUAAACUGUAUGCUGUCGUUUUCGGAAAAAGUAAGUGAACUCCAUUGUAAAUGCGUUGUGAGGCAUGAUACAUCCCCUUGUGAAAAAACAGUAAAUAACUAACGUAACGUUAAAAUAUAAAUCCUCCUAAAAUCGUGCAAAUAUUUGAAAAGAUGAUGCAAACAUGUAUUCAUCUAGAAACAAGACAAAAAUAAAUUAUAAAUUAAAUCCCAAAAAAUAAUUGCAUCAUCAAGCUCCUCCCAGCAUGAUAUGAUACCACGUGUUGCAGUUGUCACACUGGGCCCAUGACACCAAUCCCUCCCAGCUCUCAGGAGCAUCGGGUUCUGCACCGGCCAGGAGUGUGACCUAUUCACUGAAUUGUUCUGGGGAUUGGGUAAAGGGCGGAAAGAGGGCUUGGUAGGGCAGGACAACAUCGGGCGCAGCCUAGGAAGAUGCCGAUGGGGUUGGUGGAGGCGAUGAGGAGGUCCCACGGCCCGGACAACAUGACCCAUGACCAUCCAAUGGCCAUUGGGUCCAGAAGGAAGAUACCACAGCUCCGGAACCCAGCCACCGGCACUCUUCGGUUCUUCACUCUCUGUUAUGACCACCUCACCCGGUUGCUGAUGAAGGUGAUGGAUGAGCAGCCACAGAAUGCGGUGGAUGUGAUUGAGGAUAUGAGCCACGAUGUGAAGCGGACUUUCUUUGAAGACGAGCAAAGCACCCUGCGAGACCUCAACCAGACCACAGCUGCUGAGCUGCUGGCUGAGCAGCAGCGCCGGCUGUUCGCUCAGCCAGCAGAGGAGGAGCAAGAGGAGGAGGAACUGAUGGAACCCUCCGCCCUCCCUAAUGUGAGUGAGAUUGGCUUCUACUUGGAGCAGGCUGGAGUCGGUCUGGGCCGAGAGGAGAUGCAGAGGGUGUUCCUCGCGCUGAAGCAGCUGGUGGGGUCGCAGGCGCUGCUGCGCUGCCGACUGUGGGGCAAAGUUCUGGGAACGGAGAGCAGCUAUAUUGUUGCUGAAGCCGAAUACGGAGAGGGGGAGGAAGAGGAAGAGAAGAGCUUCGAAGAAGUCGCCGAGGAAGAGGAGGGAGAAGAAGAGACUCAAGAGAAUGAGAUGGAUCGACUUCCUCAGUCAGCCUAUAAACCCCCACCAGCCGUGCCGAAGGAGGACCUCGGAACGGGCACCAACAAGUUUGUUUACUACGUGUGCAAAGAGCCGGGUCUUCCUUGGGUAAAGCUCCCUUCGGUGGGUCCAGCACAGGUCACUGCUGCUCGCCAGAUCCGUAAGUUCUUCACUGGGAGGCUGGACACCCCAGUUGUCAGCUACCCGCCUUUCCCCGGGAAUGAAGCCCAAUACCUGAGAGCACAGAUUGCUCGGAUCUCUGCUGGCACACAAGUCAGCCCCCAGGGCUUCUUCCAGGCUGGGAGGGAAGAAGGUGAUGAGGAAGACGAGGCAACCCGGGACAGCUUUGAGGGCAUUCCAGCUGCUAAGAUGGCCGAGUCUUUGUCGACCUGGGUGCAUCACGUUCAGCACAUUCUGCAGCAGGGCCGCUGUACUUGGGUGAACCUGGCUGUGAAAACGGGAGAAGACUCUGAGGAAGGCGAGGCUGAAGAGAAGGAGGAGCUGGAUGAACCUGAGCCAGAAGUUGGACCCCCUCUGUAUACGCCCCUCUCCGAAGAUGCAGAAAUGUUCAACGUUCCUCCCUGGACCUCCAAGAUGUCCUCCACUCUCACCUCCCAGCAUGCAGUAGCUGUGCAACGUUCUAAUCUUUGGCCGGGGGCGCAUGCAUACGCUUGUGGAAAGAAGUUUGAAAACAUAUAUGUUGGAUGGGGUCUAAAGUAUGCAGGGGAAGGUUACAACCCAGCUGUACCGCCGCUACCACAGAAAGAAUAUCCAAGCGGACCAGAAAUCACAGAGGCCCUCGACCCAUCACUGGAGCAGGAGCUGGUGCUCAAAGAAGCUUUGGAGGAGCAGCAAGCUGCCAUAGAAGAGAUGGAGGACAUGGACGAUGAGGACGACGAGGAAGAUGACGAUUGAGAAAACACAUUUCAGAUUCAAGUAUUUAUUUGUAAUAGGUCAAUGCCCAAAUAAAUCAGUUUACUCAACA